GGCGCCGGUCUAUAGGGAGAAGCGCAUUGCAAUAUUAACCAGGCACAAUCACACUGUGGCAUUAAAUAUAGGCUAACAUCUUCGAGAAAUCAAUGGCAGAAUCACUGUGAUUCUCUUUACUGAAACACGAGAGGGGCUAUAGCUAUUGGUUAACAAAAAAAAAAAAAAAAGAAAGAAAGAGGAAGGCCCGUAUGUGAUGGUAUUGUGAGCUUCAUUUAGCUUUGACGUUAUUCCAGUGUGCUGUAGUAAAAGAAGAGAUUUUGUUUAAUUUAAAAAAGAAAGAAAAGCCCAGUACUCAAGAUGGAUGUUUUCAUGAAGGGAUUUUCCAAGGCCAAAGAAGGGAUGGCUGCUGCUGCAGAGAAGACCAAGGAAGGGGUUGCAGUGGCGGCUGAAAAAACAAAGGAAGGGGUCAUGUAUGUCGGGAGCAUGACCAAGGAAGGAGUUGUGCACGGUGUCACUUCCGUGGCAGAGAAGACAAAGGAGCAGGCCUCCCAGCUAGGGGGUGCUGUUUUCUCUGGGGCAGGUAACAUCGCAGCAGCCACAGGCCUGGUAAAGAAAGAUGAAUUCCCCACUGACAUGAAGCCUGAGGAGCUGGGGCAGGAGGCAACGGAGGAGCCCCUGGGAGAGUCGCUGCUGGAGCCCGAGAGGGAGACCUACGAAGAGGCCCCACAGGAAGAUUAUCAGGAGUAUGAACCAGAAGCAUAAAGCUGACCAGGUCUCCCAGUCCAACCAGCUACAGCACAAUACUACUAAAAAUACUACUGCUAAUAAUAA